AGCCGCGCUGGCUCAAGCGCGGUGUGGCCCGAGAGUGAGCGGUUGCUCGGAAUCAGAACAGCCCAGCCGGUGCACACCGCUCCAGGACAUGAGCGAACGACACGAGUAGAGCAGUCUCAUGCACAGUGGCCGUGGCGUCAGAGCUUUAGGCCACUGCCUGGCCGACGGAACCAUUAUUGUCGUCAAGAACUGCUCUGUGGAGGUGGAGGAGGAGAGCGUCGAUUCUGGGCUCAACCGCAGCAGUAGUGACGGUGAUCUUCGGUGCGCAGUUGGGGGACCCCUUGAUCGCGAUCACGCAGCAGGAAGGCUUGCGCACGCAGACGACGGUCACACUGGCAGCACAAUUGGGAGCACCACAGGCCAUGAACCGCUGCCAGUCUCGCCGGAAGGUGACGCUUGCUCCUGGGGAGAAUUCAGCGACUGCAGCCGAUUCAAUCUCAGCGGGUGCUCCGGGUACGACAGUCAGGACGAGAGCUGCGGAAGCUCCAGCUUGGCCUCUGGCAGCUCCCAGUCCGCGUGCCGCAGUCCUUUGCCUGGGGAGCAGUCAAAGGCAGAAUGGCUGAGAGCCAAGGAGAAGCAGCACGCCGCUGGCACCUGCAAGCCGUGCCUAUAUUUCAAUACGAGGGUGGGCUGCACGCAGGGCCUGCAGUGCAGCUUCUGCCACCUGUCGCACGAGCGUAACACACGGCGCGACCGUGCAGGUCCGCCAGGCUGCAGUGCAAGCGACUGCUGGCGCAGCUGGGCAGCGGCGAGCCCGAGGGCGGUGCGACUGCCGCGCGGGAGCUGGCCGGGGAUGGCCGCUGCGGCGCAGUGAUAAGGUCCGCCGUGCGCGACGUGGACCAGCAAUACAUGCUCAGCCUCUGCGGGGCGCGCGGGGCGCGGAGGCCGCGGGGCUCCAGCGGCUCCAGCUUCCUGGGGCGCGGGAGCGGCAGCGCGGAGCGCGGGGCUGGCAGCGCGGGCUCGGCCUCUUCGGGGGCCGGCUGACCCCGGGGCGGUGGGCGGCCCGCCGUAGCCGCCCCCGCCUUCGGGCGAGCGCGGAGCGCAGGCCGCGCACGGGGGGGGGUCCUUCUUGCCUGUGGCGCGCUCACACGACGGGGAGCUGCACGGGCUUGGCGUCGCUCGGACGUAAAACGACGCGAAGAUCGGGACAAAAUCGGAUCGGGAUAACUCGAAAUCUCUGAGAAUCGGCGGGUUUGGAGGAUGUAUUGGGCGCCGCGGCCGCUCCAGAGCGUUCCGGAACGCUCUGAGAGCGCUCCGGCACGCUCUGGUGCGAUUUAUCCCGAUCUUAGCCCUGCUUUAGGACGUGCGCAUUCCUCCUUCGGCGAGGGCCAUCGAGGAGCAUCCUCGAUGAGUUGGCGAAGGCCACGCGCGACACCGACAAAAACAGCACAGGGAGUGGACGUCCGAGCGAGGGCCAGCAGGCCCACCUCCACAGGCGCUUCCACAGGGGUGGGGGGCGCCCCGAGCACUCGUGUGGAUUUUCAUGCCGCAUGGCUGCAACCACCCGGCACGGCGCCACGGGCCCUGUGGCGCGGGCGUUCCAGACCAGCGGCAGCUGCUGCAGCGUUGGGUUUUUAUGGAAGUUCUGCGACUAUGAAUUUCUUAACCCAUGAUUUCUUAAGCAUUUCGCAGGGUGUAUCCGAUCAGCUGACCACAUAGCAGUGAGUCGGCGCGGGCGCUAUUCUUUCAUUCGCACGCGAGGACGUCCUCGGGACGUCCUCGCACGUACGGGUGGCGCAUCGGGUGCAUGCAGCCAGGGGAGAGGAG